AUGGUUGGACCAGUGAGACCUGAGUUUGUAUUGUUUGGUUCUUCCAUAGUUCAGGAUAGUUUUAGCAACGAAGGAUGGGGUGCUAUUCUUGCUACCUUAUAUGCUCGUAAGGCAGACAUAUUUUUGCGAGGAUACUGCGGUUGGAAUUCCAGGCGUGCACUGCAGGUUUUGGAUCAAAUCUUUCCAAAGGAUGCCCCAAUACAACCUUCAUUGGUGAUUGUCUAUUUUGGUGGUAAUGAUUCAGAGCAUCCUCAUCCAUCUGGCCCAGACCCUCAUGUACCACUUCCCGAGUAUAUUGAAAAUAUGAGGAAGAUUGCCCUGCAUCUAAAGACCCUUUCAGAGAGGACUCGCCUUAUUUUUCUUAGUGCUCCUGCUGUCAACGAGGAACAAAUUCGCGACACAUUAAGUGAUAAAUUGGGAGAGCUGAGUCGGACAAAUGAGUCGUGCAGAAUAUAUUCAGAAGCUUGUUUGGAGCUGUGUAGGGACUUGGAUAUUAAGGCCAUUGAUCUAUGGACUGCUAUUCAGAAAAGGGAUGAUUGGUUGACAGAAUGCUUUACGGAUGGAAUUCAUUUGUCGUCUGAGGGGAGCAAGAUUGUAGUAAAGGAAAUAAUGAAGGUCCUUGGGGAAGCAGAAUGGGAACCAAGUCUACACUGGAAAUCAUUGCCUGCUGAAUUUGGAGAGGAUUCACCCUAUGAUCCAGUCAGUCCUGAUGGCAAGACCACCAUGAAUAUCUCUGAGGUCAGCUUCGGCAGAAACAUGCAAUGGGAAUAGAAAAUUAAUAAGUAAAUAAAUUUAAUGAAUACUAGCAUCUGAGCAUGUGCAAAAUUAUUAGUAGUCAUUCAUUAAAGCAUAUAUACAAGUUUUUUGUUCACAACCUGGCAGUUGCUUGGUGUGGUUAUUGUGUUUUUCAUUUUUUUUUCA